AUGCCGAUGAUUUUGAUUUUCUACGAAAAUGUGGGAUCUACUGCAAGUACGAGCGGUCACUACACUUCCGCCGUGAUAACAGAAAAGAUCGACAACAGACAAUACCACCAUCGCAACCAACUGAAGCACCCCCAGGACCACCAUCACAACCAACUGAAGCACCACCAGGACCACCAUCACAACCAACUAAAGCACCACCAGGUCCAUCAACUCGACGACCACCGAAAAAACGACCAUCACGCAAAAACGGAAAAAAUUUCCAGUAAUGUCAUUCAUUAUAGCUUGUGCCAUUGCUGGUGUCAUUGUAUUUGUGGUGUGCCUGUCGUGCACAAGUCUUCACGAGGACGAAUGGGACUCAGAGGGUCCAAAAAGGACAGAGCUACAGACAGACUCAUCAGGAUGGACAGAGCCAACUACAGCAACAACAGGAUUUUGAGAAGAAGCAGCUGAGGGGAGUAAAGAACCGGAACUACAACAAAACAUCACAACAAAUGCAGUGACCAGAAGUAGAGAGAGCAACUCGUUCAUCACAUGACAACAGAAUACUGCAAUUAGAUGAUUACUGAUUUGAUUUUACAUAACUUUAUUAUGACUUACCGGCAUGUGGCAAUGAUGAUAGCACAGAAAGCAACGAAAUCAAGUGUGUAGAGAUCGAAGGAGUAGGUUUAAAAUAUAAAUACUGAGUUUUUUGUAACUUUCAAUCAUCAGUAGCAUCAAAAGUUACCAAAAUGACAAAAAAAAAACCAAACAAACAAACAAAAGACAACAACAACAACAACUACAAAACCCACUGCGAUCAAUUGAAUAUUAAUUUGUUAUUAUUUUUCGACAAUUUCUUUGCUUUUAUGCUUUAACAUUCUUCGACGAAUUUUUUCGUCUGUUAUAAACAAAAGUAUAAAAAAAUGGGAAACCAAACACAUCUAAUUGUAAUUAUAUUAGUUAUAGAUAUAUCCUUUACCUUAACAAACAAAUAUAAACAGUCUUUCUAUUUUGUAAUCUUCAUUCUAUUGUAAAGGCGGUUAUUACAAUUUGAUAAUUUUAUAAAAGUGAAAAUAAGUGCAUGAGAUUGUAAUAUUUUGUCACAAAAAUAAUAAACAGCAUG